AUGAAACCUCAUCCUGUAUGCAUCGAUAGUCGUGAUCAUUCAUCCUCCACUUACUUCUGUCCGAAUGGCAAUCGUCAAACGAAGUCUCAGUCAAGCGAGAGAGACAUUCGACCCACAUGUCCAGUACGUCAACUCAAUAGAACUUCUUCCCCGGCUUUUGGAACGCAUUUACGUCGACGUCCGAUGUCUCUCUACAUCCGGCGGUCUUUUGAGCCCGUAUUAGAAGGCAGCAUUCCGGAAGCAGACGAAGAACAAGAGAAAGAAGAAUUUAUUUAG